AUGAUAUUCGGACUACUAUUGCUAAUUAUUUAAAUAACUGGAUUUUCUGUUACAAAGCAAUAUAGAACUCAGGGUCUCUAAUACAUUGAUUUGGAUUUGGAUUAAUUUGGUCAAACAUCCACUGGAAAAACAACUUUAACAAUAAUUUUAGAAAAUACAAUAAAAGUUUCAUAUCCCUUUUUGGCUUAUUGCUUUAAUAAUGAUGAGCAAGUUGUCAAAUCUAUUCUAUAAUCCUUAAGUUCGAUUCAAUAGCAUAUAGAAUCAAACAAGUAAGAUUAAUUUGUAAUUAGAAAAUAAUGUGUGUUUGAUAAUAAUGCUUUAUUGUAUUAUCAAAAUGCCUAACAGCUGGUCUUUACUAACAACAUUGAUGAUCAAAAUGAAUGGGUCUACAAUCAAUAUAGUAUUUAUUAAUUAAAUCACCGUAAAAUGAGAUUGUAUGUCUAGUCCACAUUAGAAACGACUUACAGAUUGACAAUCAGUUCCUCUGAAAAAGGAGAAUGCUAUAAGUUUGAUUUCAUUAUAAACUAGUUCAUGUAAUAGCCAAGGACAUUGCAGUGAGAAUGCAGUAAAAUUAUGCCAAUGUCAAUUAGGAGUGCUAGACAGUACAUGUUAGAUAACUAGUAAUGUUAUAAAUUUCAGAAGUAAAUCUUCAGUAAAUUUAAAUAAAUAUCUAGUUCUAAAUGGAGAGACAGACUGAAAAUCUUGUCAUUGUCCCAUUUCCAGAUUCCUCAUCCAAUAUUAUCAUAACUAUUGAUUCACAUGUAGAGUUAAAGCUCUACUUUGGAUGUUCAUACUAAAAAUAGUAUAUCCCCUUUUAUCGGAGUAACUCAUUUAAUCAAACCAAUAUCUCGAAUGGAAAUGUGAUAAUUAGUCAGAAGGAGCUCUAGGAUUGCUUUGAAAAUGCCAAUAAAAUAGAAGAAGCUCUAUAAACUCCAUUAUCAAAAUACUUGAUAAUUUUGCUUGUUAAUGAACAAAUUAUGAAUACUCAAAUAACACUAACACUGACUUCGGGGGAUUCAGAAGAAAGUGGUGGUACUUUAGAGAUAGUUUAUAUUAUUCUAUCAGUUUUGGGGAGUUUGAUAAUCUUGGUGUUGUUGAUCAUCUGUAUGAUCCAUAAAUAGCGAAAAGGGAAAAGGAUAUUGAUUUUAUAGCCGAGUAAUGAAAGGGCGAAUUAAAUGAAAGUAAAAAAGUUUAGACAUUCUCUGAGAUAAGAUUAUAUCGCAACUGAAAUUUACGAUUAAGUCAUUUAGGAAUUUCCAGGACUUUAGGAGUCAUCAGAAUGUUAAAUUUGCCUAUUGCAAUUCAAGAAACAAGACUUGGUUAAAUUGACAUAUUGUUUGCAUUUAUUUCAUCAGUAUUGCUUGGAUGAAUGGCGAAAAAGAACUUAAGUACUUAAGAGUAUUAUGAUAGACUUGUCCUUUUUGUAGAAGUAAUUUGACUUAGGAAAAAUAUAUGCAGUAGAUAUAGGAAGAAUAGAUUAUCAGGUUAGGAGUGGUGGUUGACGAUGCAAUCUCAAUUGAUCCUUUAAAGUUAUAAGAGUUUUAGCAAAGAGAAUAAAGAAUACGAUAAUUGCAAUGUAAAUGAUAAUUGUAGCAUUUUAGAAACUCAAUCUCCUGGGUCUGCCAAUGUCAUACAAAUUAACACUCCAGGUCUUUGUUAGUUUAGCGAAAACUGA